AUGGAAAUUAGUAAAUUAUUCGUCCCUUUCUCAUUUUUUCAAAUUUCAAUAUUCAUUUUUCAGAAAUAGAAGAGAAAAUGUGCGACGAGCAAACCCAAAAAUUGCUCGAUCGUGCAAACGGUCAACGACCUCCUGGAAGUCGACUUGUAAUCGAACAAGGAACAUUGGGAUCGAAAUUAUGGUGGCUCAUAAAAACACCAUUUCGAACACUUAUGUGUCUUAGUUUGGUAACAGUAUUUUUUGUAACUUAUUUUGGAUUUAUGUUACCUGUUAUGUGGGCAAGAACUGUUUGGCCAAGAUUAUAUUGGUUUGUUGAAGGAAAAUUAUAUCGCUGGCUUCAAUCAUUUAUCGCAUAUUGGGGUUAUACAGCAGGCUAUGAUGGUAAGCACAAAAUGAAUAGAAAGCGCAGGAAUACACCAUUUUUAGAAAUGAUUAAAAAUGAGAAACACUCAUUCUUCACGUCAAUUUUUAAAAUAAGUACACUACAUAUUUUAAAUUUUGAAAUUAAAUACAUUUUUGAAGAUUUAUAUUUAACGGGUCACGUUAAAGGUUCUUUAAAAAAAAUGAGAAAUACAUUUUUAUUAAAAGAAAUAUUUAUCAUUUCAGUUUAUGAAUUCGGAGAUGACGUCACAACUUAUUAUCGAGAUGAACGUGUUCUUAUGAUGUGUAAUCAUCAAAGUACAGCUGAUGUUCCCACGCUGAUGACAGUUCUUCAAAAUAAAGGAGUUGCAAGUCGAAAAACCCUUUGGCUUAUGGAUAUUAUGUUCCGUUGGACACCUUUUGGAAUUGUUGGAAAUAAUCAUGGCGAUUACUUUAUUCAACAAGGAAAAGCAACAAGAGACAAAGAAAUUCUUCGACUCAAAAAACAUUUACAAGAUGUUUUCUGGGAUCGCGAUCGUCGAUGGGUUAUUUUGUUCCCCGAAGGAGGUUUCUAUUAUAAACGUGUUGAAAGCAGUCAAAGUUAUGGAAAAAAGAAUGGAUUCCCUCAUUUGUUAUAUACAACAUUACCAAGAAUGGGAGCUGUUCAAGCGAUUUUGGAAGAAGUUGGACCAAGAGAUGAAAAUGAUGAACCAAGGGAAAGAACAAAUAGCAAAUUGAAAUUAUUGAAAGAUACAGUUGGAGCAAUUCGGGAGAAAAAAUAUGUGAAAGGUGAGUCUUCAAAUAAAUAUUUUAUAAAUUCAACUCUGCAAAAUACAAAAAAAAGAGAUCUAAAACUAAAUAUCCGUAGUAAUUAA